CAUUGUUUACGAAAUAGCUAAAAAUAAAGCGCCUCAAAAAUAAGUAUUAACAUUUAGUUUUAGUUUACAUUUUACAUUCCUUUUCCGCUAUGUCUUUUCCGUGACGAGUUGUUUACUCGUAUUGCCGAAUUAUAUUCCAAUUCAAUCUUAUUGAAUCGGCUAAAUUAGUAAAAAAAAAUGACUGAACAAAUGACUUUGAGAGGAACCCUGCAGGGCCACGAAGGAUGGGUCACCCAGAUUGCCACCACACCAACUUAUCCCGACAUGAUUUUGUCCGCCUCUAGAGACAAGAAACUUAUCUGUUGGAGACUGACUCGUGAUGAUGGCAGGUAUGGAUACCCACAGAAGGCUCUUCAUGGACACGGCCAUUUUGUAUCUGAUGUGGUCCUCUCAUCUGAUGGACAAUUUGCUCUUUCUGGAUCAUGGGAUAGCACCCUUCGUCUUUGGGAUUUAAGCACUGGGCAGACGACUAGGCGCUUUGUCGGCCACACAAAGGAUGUCUUAAGUGUUGCUUUCUCUGCUGAUAAUCGUCAGAUUGUUUCAGGGUCAAGAGACAAGACCAUCAAACUGUGGAACACAUUGGGGGUGUGCAAGUACACCAUUCAAGAAGAUUGCCACACUGGAUGGACGUCGUGUGUUCGCUUCUCUCCUAAUACACAAAAUCCAUUGAUUGUCUCGUGUGGUUGGGACCGUAUUGUGAAGGUGUGGAACCUGACAAACUGCAAACUGAAGACUAACCAUCACGGUCACAGCGGUUACCUCAACACAGUCACCGUAUCUCCUGAUGGUUCUCUCUGCGCUUCUGGCGGAAGAGAUAGCCAAGCAAUGUUGUGGGAUUUGAAUGAAGGCAAGCACUUGUAUACAUUGGAUGGAGGCGUCGACACCAUUAAUGCCCUCUGCUUCAGUCCCAACAGAUACUGGCUUUGUGCUGCCACUGGACCUAGCAUUAAGAUUUGGGAUUUGGAAGGUAAAGUGGUGGUAGAUGAGUUGAAACCUGAACUGAUCAACACCUCAAAAUCUCCUGAUUGCCUGUCCCUGGCCUGGUCUGCUGAUGGCCAGACACUGUUUGCUGGUUACACAGAUAAGCUUAUCAGAGUCUGGCAAGUUUCUGUCACCGCCAGGUAGAUGGCAGUAGUGCUUUUAAUAGUUGAAAAUAUGAAGAGAUAGAUUGCUGCAAACAAUAUGUUGAUGUCAGUUAUUAAUUAUAUUUGGCCAACUGAUUGUUGUCUAAUAGUUGGCGAGAUAUGGAAUUUUGAAAAGUAAGAAAAAUGAAGAAAAAAGUUUUUUGUUUGUUUGUGUUGUUUUCAUUUUAAAUAUAUUAAAACAUAAAUUACAAUUUUCCACAAAUUUAUUUUAGAAAAAUACGAUAAAUAGUGUAUUCGUAAACUACACAAAACAAUACAUUUAAUAGACGAAUGUUCACCUUGUAGAAGAAAAUUUGAUUUAGGGUACAAAUGGGACUUAUGUACGUAUAUAGGUACGUAAUUUGUAUAUAUAUAUAUAUAUAUAGCGACUGAUUUUUAAAAUGUAAUCAUUUUUUAUGUAGCAACAUUUAUAUAUGGCGAGAAAAGUUCUUGGAAAAUAAACUGAAACAUUGUAGCAUUCGUACAUAACAUAUGUGAUGUGACAUUAAACAGUACUAACUAAUUAGCAAUGAUGUUAAUGUAUUAGUAUAAUUACUUUUAGCAAUAAUAUACGUUGUGAUUUAACUGUGAUGAUUAGUGAAUGAAUUAGCGGGAAAUUAUUUCUACGUAAGUAAACUUGCCUAUAUAUAUAUAAAAAUGUAUAUGAACCAAAAUUUUUGUUAAGAUAAUGUGUGUGUAUGUAUGUAUGUAAUAUGAGUUUUUAAAUCUAGCCUAUAUCGUCAGUUCAAUCUAGAGAACAUAGAGUUCCACCAGCUUUGAAUCAAUUAAGAUUAAUAAAUUACACAUCAGUCAUGAAGACAGCUUUAAAAUGAGAUUUGCACCUACAAUGUAUGGCCCCAGUAAAAGAAUACCAAGAAAGUAGGUUGUAAAAUUUAUAAAAAAAAAAACUUGAACUAACCUAUAAUUACAUGUUAAGUGGAUGCAAAGACAAACGAGAAUAUAUGUGUGGAUAUUGGAAUGUUUAUAACUAAACUACAAAACAACAAAAUAAGAAUCAUAAUAAGAGAGUAAAUAAUACAGCAUGAAUAAUAAUAAACUCGCUUUUGAUCGGAUGGUUGGUUACCUAUUCAGAUAUAUAUCAUCUAAACGUAUUUUGAAUUAACCUAUAAUUACAUAUAAAUGUGAAAAUACAUUCAGUAAGUAAUUAGUGGUAGUAGUGGUGGGUAAUAGAGCGGUGAGAAUUAGCUCUUAAAGAAUCUGUAAACAUACAAAAAGAUAUAUACUUCAACAGUAGUGCAACUACUACGAAUACAAUUAUCUAUUGAGAAUUGAUUUUUAGUCAAUUCAACUAAUUAAUUAAUCGAUUAACUGAUUAAUUAAUUAACAAAUAAAUAUAUAAAUAAAAAUGGUUAAAGAACCAAAAAGAAGUCACUAUCGAAAAGUAUAAAUCCCAAAAGGUCAAUUAGUAACUAUCACGUAAUAAUAAAUAAAAUAUAAACAAUAAUAAUAUAAUAAUUAUUAUUAAUAAUAAUCAUAUUAUUAUUAUUUAUUAUUAUUAUUAUAGCUACCCUUAAUAUGACAACGGCAAAAAAAAUUAUUUCCUAACACGUUAAAACGAUCGAACAAAGCACGUACGUAUUAUGUAUCACAAACAACAACAACAACAAUGAUAACAAUAAGAAAAAUAAA